AUGGCGUGCGACAGCAAACUGGUUGACAUGAGUCUAGAUGAAAUCAUAAAACUGAAGAGAAAGACUCGACAAGUAGUUGGGAAAGAAGCAAGAGGUCAUGAGGGCAGAUUGACAGCGAGGACGGCGGCUGGCGCUGCACAAGCAAGACCACCGACUCACAAGAUGUACCGGCAACAUCGACGGCGCCAAAAUGACAUCAUGCGAAGCCAGGAGCAGACCCAACGUAAAAGGUCUGCCUAUUCCCGUCAAUUGACAGGAACUAACAACACCCAACACAACAACUUCCAGCAACAGCGCUUGGCUCGCAUCAGGACGACCAGAUACAGGUCGAGGCGGGAAAUCCAAUCUAACAAUCGACAGUUCGCAGGCCAUGAAGCACAAGUUCGAGGGACAAUCACACCUGGCCGAACUGUGCAGACGUGCAACAACAUACCGCUGCACGUCUACCAGCAGUACCUAGCUCAGGCUCGUGCCCUAAUUCAGGCGCAGCAAGAAUGCCGCAUCGACGACGACUCAUUAUAUGUGGACGUGCCAGUACGCAGUCGUGGAUUCUGGCGAGGUGCUGGCCGCGGUCGUUUUAGGCGUUAG